AUGGCUCCUAUAGCUACCAGCCGAGAAGAAUUUGAUGAAAUCCCCACUGUGGUAGGGAUCUUCAGUGCAUUUGGCCUGGUCUUCACAGUCUCUCUUUUUGCAUGGAUAUGUUGUCAGAGAAAAUCUUCCAAGUCUAACAAGACACCUCCUUACAAGUUUGUGCAUGUGCUCAAAGGAGUUGAUAUUUACCCUGAAAACCUGAAUAGCAAAAAGAAGUUUGGGGCAGAUGACAAAAAUGAAGCAAAGAAUAAGCCGGCUAUGCCUAAGCACUCCUUGCAUCUUGAUCUUGAGAAGAGAGAUCUCAAUGGUAAUUUUCCCAAAACAAACAUCAAAGCUGCCAGCCCAUCUGAUUUGGAGAAUGUGCCCCCGAAACUCUUUCUAGAAGGAGAAAAAGAGGCAGUUUCCCCUGAUAGCUUAAAGUCCAGCACUUCCGUUACUUCAGAAGAGAAACAAGAGAAGCUGGGAAUUCUCUUUUUCUCUUUAGAGUACAACUUUGAGAAAAAAGCAUUUGUGGUAAAUAUCAAGGAAGCCCGUGGUUUGCCAGCCAUGGAUGAGCAGACAAUGACCUCCGACCCAUACAUCAAAAUGACGAUCCUCCCAGAGAAGAAGCACAAAGUGAAAACCAGAGUGCUGAGGAAAACCUUGGACCCAGCCUUUGAUGAGACCUUUACGUUCUACGGGAUCCCCUAUACCCAGAUCCAAGAGCUGACCUUGCACUUCACGAUUUUGAGUUUUGACAGGUUUUCAAGAGAUGAUAUCAUUGGGGAAGUCCUUAUUCCUCUCUCAGGAAUUGAAUUAUCUGGUGGGAAAACGUUAAUGAACAGAGAGAUCAUCAAGAGAAACGUUAGGAAGUCUUCAGGAAGGGGCGAAUUACUGAUCUCCCUUUGCUAUCAGUCCACCACAAAUACUCUCACUGUGGUUGUCUUAAAAGCUCGACACCUACCUAAAUCUGAUGUGUCUGGACUUUCAGAUCCCUACGUCAAAGUGAACCUGUACCACGCCAAAAAGAGAAUCUCCAAAAAGAAGACUCAUGUGAAGAAAUGCACCCCCAAUGCUGUGUUCAAUGAACUGUUUGUUUUCGAUAUUCCUUGUGAGGGUCUUGAAGAAAUAAGUGUUGAAUUUCUGGUUUUGGAUUCUGAAAGGGGAUCUCGAAAUGAGGUGAUAGGGAGGUUGAUCCUUGGUGCCACAGCAGAAGGAAGCGGUGGAGAGCACUGGAAGGAGAUCUGCGACUACCCCAGGAGGCAAAUCGCCAAAUGGCAUAUGCUCUGUGAUGGUUAG